GAGCGAACUGAACAAAAAACCGUCCAUACAAAACCUAAAUCGCAAAUCUAAAAUUGGGCAUGGGCAAUGAUGGAAGGAAAGAACAAACUCACCAAACAAAAUGAAUGGGAAGACCUAAAACACAAAUCACAGAAGCUAAAACGAAAAUGAAAAUAAAGGGAAAUAAAAAAUGACCCAUUUAACACUUUUAACUCUGCUGCCCGUGAGAUCCACAUUUGACACUGUCAAACGAAUGUAGAGCUCAAACCCUGUCAACGUAGCGGUACUCCAUGGAGGAAUGAGUAGGGCACACUCGCACCAAUGUAAUACUGAGUUCACACCUUCAACAUGGUUCCUCCUAGUCUCUCGUCACAACAACUAUUUUCAAAUCUCCGUUUCAUUUCCGUCUCCACCUUCAAUCCUCAUCUUAGAUUCUUUAGAUUCAGGUACAUUUGUUCUGACCACCCAGAAUCUCAACACGCAAUACCCAGAUCACGAAAUGAAAGUAAAACGGCCAAAACCAUGGCCAAUCUUAUCAAUUCCAAACCAUGGUCAAACGCGUUGGUCUCGCUUCUGCCCACCCCUCUCUCCAAAACGACGGUGCUCCGAACCCUUCGCCUCAUCAGGGACCCUUCCAAAGCCCUUCGCUUUUUCAAGUGGGCUCAGCAAAGUGGUUUUUCCCACACAGUUCAGUCUUACUUCAUCAUGCUACAAAUUCUGGGUCGCCAUAGGAACCUCAACGUUGCCCGAAACUUGCUUUUUUCCAUCGAGAAAAAGUCUAACGGAACCGUCAAGCUUGAGGACAGGUUCUUCAAUACCCUCAUCAGAAGCUACGCCGAAGCAGGCCUCUUCAAAGAGUCCUUGAAGCUUUUUCAGACCAUGAAGUCCGUUGCUGUUUCCCCCUCCGUGAUUACCUUCAACUCUGUUUUGUCUAUUUUGCUUAAAAGGGGUCGCACCAAUAUGGCCAAAGAGGUGUAUGAUGAAAUGCUUCAUACGUAUGGUGUUAGUCCAGACACUUGUACAUACAAUGUUUUGAUUAGAGGGCUUUGCAAAAACUCAAUGGUCGAUGAAGGGUUUCGGUUCUUUAAAGAGAUGGUUAGUUUUAAUUGUGACCCGGAUGUUGUCACGUAUAACACUCUUGUUGAUGGUUUAUGUAGAGCAGGGAAGGUUAGAAUUGCUCGGAAUUUAGUAAAUGCUAUGAGCAAGAAAUGUGAGGGUUUGAAUCCUAAUGUUGUUACUUAUACCACUUUGAUCCGAGGGUAUUGUAUGAAGCAAGAAGUUGAUGAGGCAUUGGUAGUUCUUGAAGAGAUGAGUGGCCGGGGCAUUGAGCCGAACAUGGUUACCUAUAAUACUUUGAUAAAAGGGCUUUGUGAGGUACAGAAGUUGGACAAGAUGAAAGAUAUUUUGGAAUUGAUGAAAGACAAUGGGGGUUUUAGCCCUGAUACAUUUACAUUUAAUACAAUUAUUCAUUCCCAUUGUUGUGCAGGAAAUUUAGAUGAAGCACUGAAGGUGUUUGAAAGAAUGAAGAAAUUUCAGGUCCGCGUGGAUUCAGCCUCUUACAGCCCUCUGAUACGUUGUUUGUGUCAGAAAGGGGACUAUGAUAUGGCAGAGGUGUUAUUUGAUGAGUUAUUUGAGAAGGAAAUCCUAUUGAGUAAUUUUGGCUCCAUGCCACUUGCUGCUGCUUAUAGUCCUCUUAUUCAGUAUUUGUGUGAACAUGGGAAGAGUAAGAAGGCCGAGAGGGUGAUGAGACAGUUAAUGAAAAGGGGCACACAAGAUGGCCAAUUAUACAACACGUUGAUUAUGGGGCAUUGUAAAGAAGGUGCAUACGAAAGUGGAUAUGAGCUUUUAGUGUGGAUGCUGAGAAGAGACUUUCUUCCUGAUGUUGAUAUAUAUGAUUACUUGAUUGAUGGUUUUCUUUUAAAGAAUAAGCCUCUCCUUGCAAAGGAGACACUAGAGAAAAUGCUUAAGAGCUCCUAUCAACCUAAAACAGCCACCUGGCAUUCCAUACUAGCAAAACUUUUGGAAAAGGGUUGUGCUCAUGAGUCUGCCUGUGUUAUUUUGAUGAUGCUGGAGAAAAAUGUUAGACAGAAUAUAAACCUGUCAACUGAAAAUUUAAAGCUACUUUUUAGAUGUGGACAGCAAGAAAGAGCAUUUGAGAUCAUUGAUUUGCUUUAUAAGAAUGGAUACCGUGUUACAAUAGAAGAAGUGGUUCAAUUUCUUUUUGAGAGAGGAAAGCUAUCAGAAGCAUGCAAAAUGUUGUUUUUUAGUUUGAAAAAUCAUCAGAAUGUUGAUAUUGAUUUGUGUAAUGCAAUUGUUCUGAAUCUUUGUAAAACUAACAAGGUCUCAGAAGCAUUUAAUUUAUGCUAUGAAUUGGUGGAGAAAGGUUUAUGUCAGGAAUUGACAUGUCUAAAUGAUCUACUGCCUGCUUUAGAGGAAGGGGGAAGAAGAGAAGAAGCUAUAUUUAUAUCAAAGAGAUUACCAAGACUGGAGAAUUUAGAUGAAUCUAAGGGAAAUCAUAGCUCUUAGAAGUUCAGGCGUAUUAAAGUGUGAACCGUGUUUCUUGCUCUUUCAAUAUUCUGUUUUCAUCUUUUCUGCUUUGACGGUUGAAAGUUAAAAUCAUUAGCUUCUACAGCUUGAAGAUGAUCUCUAUCUGAUAAAGUGCAAUAGUUUGAUGUGUCAUAUGGUGGUAUUAAGAUCACCGACCUUGUGCUGCAGUAGUCAGUAAGCAAACCAGAAGGGGAUAAAAUAAGCCAACCUCCCGGUUAACAGGUAUGCGCCCUGGAAGCCAUCUUUGGAAAUAUGGCCAGUCUUUUACCUUAAAGACUCGUUGCCACUGAUUCACAGUUUCUCCACUCUCAGUCUACAAGAAGAGACGGAAUGCAAAGAAUAUUAGCUAGAUGAAGGACCCAAGAGAUAACUACUAAGAUGUACAAAGGAAAAAAAAAAUAACGCUUAUGAGUGUUGACUAGAAAUGCACAUCACAUUCUUUGUCAUGAGCC